AUGACCCCCGCCCCGCCCAGUGAGACGCGCCACGCCGCCCAGUCACCCCCAACAAUACCUGAUUCAUCGACGCUACCUCUCACCGCGUGGCUUAAGACCAAUGUGCCAAUGUAUGUCAAACCCCAACCCCUACCCAUUAAACCAACAUCCCCCGCCGCGACCCCUCAUCAACUCCCCAAAAACCCCCCAGGCCAAUAUUAUCACGACAGGAACCAGGCUCGGCUGGUUGAGUUUCUGCAGCAGCGGGCCGCGGCAGGCUAA